AACCCACUUCAGCUUUCCAUUACCUUUGUGCUCGGCCCACGGCAUCAUGCCGGCGAGCUCGAGAGGCAAUGGCAGCAUACAUGCCCAGACGCCUGCGACAAGCGACCCUGCUCCGACGUUAGCGUCUCUGCCUCCAGAGCUCCUCACUCAGACUCUCCUCCACCUGUGCCUGUCCGACCUCACCUCCCUCUCCCUCGUCUCGAAGCCGCUACAUACAGCGGUGGAUCUACAUGGCUGGUCUGCUUGGCUCGCACACAGUCCAGCGGCUAGACGCAAACAGAUACUCAAAGGCGACGUAAGGGUAGAUGCGAACGGCCGUGAAGCGGCUAAGGCUCUGCUAGGCAUCGAUCGGGCAUGGCAACGCAAGACCUUCCUCGCCAGGCAGAUACACUUUGUCGAUCUCCCUGCACCACUCGGCCUCACAGGAGUCAACGGGCAGAACCACGGUGCUGAGAACAAGUCGGGUUGGGGCAAUAGUUCACGAGGUCGGGGACGUCCGCACAUGUCCUACCAAGCGCUCUCACGCCAAAAUCAAGCCAUGCCCAUCUUGCGGCUGUGUACAAGAGGCCUCAUCAUGGCGCUGAAGUCCAGCCUCUGCUUCUGGCCUACUCGGCUUUUGCAGUCAAAGAAGGGCAUCAAAGAAGAUCAGCCAAAAGUGGUGACCCUGCUAGGAGAUCACACGAAAGAGUCCCCAACGGCGUGGGAGGACAUCAGUGCAAUGGAGCUCAUCGACGACGGACACUGGAUCCUCAUUGGAAGAGUCGACGGAAAGCUGGAAUUGUGGCAGUGGGAAGUCCUUACUUCGCCAAAGGGUCUUACUCCACGUCUACUUGCAUCGUACCAACCCGAAAGCGCGUCUGCAAGCUCCGUCCAGGCGAUUUCCUAUCUCACUUCUCAUGAUCUGAUCGCAAUAGCCUGGAAGGGCGGCGAAGUCGUCGUCUUCGAACUCAUCAAGAGCUCGCUGUGCAGAGAAGACUUCACUUCGUCAGACCAUCCAGAGGAGGAAGUAGAUGGCACGGGGCCUUCGCGGGAUGUUGGUGACGGGUUCCGGCUCCUCUCCAGCUGGAGUAUCGAUGCAAGACCCUGGUCUCUUCAUCUGGGUGUCACACAAGAAGGAUCGUCCCCAUGGCUCGUAUUGGGCUGUCAGGGUAUUGAGUUUCUCAGAAUUUAUACCGCUUCCUACCUCCUAGCGUUGUGUGGCGCUCGGUCUGAGCCUCCAUAUACGUCUCUGCGAAUGUCCUCCUCUCGCAACCCUCAGGUGAUGAGCGUCUAUGCUAUUGCCUCGUCCAAUUGCUCGGACAAUCCGAGCUUUCCACCGCACCUCCUCUUCGCAGGCUGCUACGACGGCCUCGUGCGACUGUGGGACCUGCGUCAGUUGGAGAAACAAAGCAACGGAACGUCAGCCAGAGCGGCCGCUAACAGCUCCAGAACCAGCCCUGCUAGCAUAUUGCUGCCAGUGCAGAGAUAUACGGACCGUUACGAUCCUUCGCCGGUCUACUCGAUCGUGCUAGGCGUGGGCAGCAAGAGCCGCAGCUUCGCCAUUGGAACCGCUAGACAUGGUAUUGUCAAGCUAUUUCAGAUGGAUACAGACGCGCAAGGGGGCGCUCAGAAUCAGACUGCCAUAGCAUGGGAUCAAGGACAAGGAAGGGAGGAGAAUGGGCUAGCGAUACGCCGACCCGCGCCUAGAGAAGGAUCGAGCAUGUACCCGCCUUCCCCUCCGGCUGACUUCCCCACGUACAGCGUAGUGGGAGAGCAUGGCAGACUUCUCGGCGCUGGCGCUGGGAGACUCUGGGAAUUCGACGCCAGGGUAUCCCUGGGUGAUACGACUAGCCGAGACGGGAAGAGAGACGUGGAAAAGCAUGACCAUACCGCUAGUGAGGCCACAUUUUGCAAGCGUCAAGAGCAAUAUCUUACCAAAGGCCGAUGGGAAGUGGACGGCUUCGGUGACCCGGCCGUGGAAGAAGAUGUAGAGACGGCCAGCACCACUGUCGGCUGGUACUACCACGGUGAGAUGGAGCUCAAGAGGAGCGGAAGGGGAUAAUUUGAUCCAUGUAAGCCGUAUACAACGGCACAAGGAAAGUCGGACAUCAUGUAUUACUAUGCAACUGCAUCUAUCACUAAGUACCCACUGGACCUCGUCGGUGUCCCUGUGUUCC